AGUUUAAAAAAAGCCCAACCUUAAAAACGCGACAUUGGUCAACAGGAAGUGAUAUACCGCCAUGUUUUUUCUGCCAAUAACAAGAAAAAGAGGCUCUAGAGUGGAGCUGUAGUUUAAUUUUAUUGUCUGUUUUCAAUUAGAAAAAGAAACGUAGACGCUGGGGAUUGUUAAGAAGUUAGCUCAACGCGUCGGGGACGGAUAUCGAGGCUUUUAGGAUUAGCAGAUUAGCUAUUUGAUUUUGUAAUUUUUUUCAUGUUUCCAACAGGUUUAUCUUCCCCUAAUCCCCCAGCGCCAGCUCAGGACGUUAGACCAGCAGCUUCUGAUGGUAAUAACGGCAGCUCCACGUCCAAGAAGAGGAAAAUAAACAGCUCCGAUAAGGAAGACUUUGACUCGGUGUCUUCGUCUCCCCCGAAGAUAAUCAGCAAUUCCUCGGCGUCUUGCUCCGGUGCGGCCGCUUCUCACCACAAUCAAAAGAAGUUGAGGUUUGAGGACUCAGUCGAUUUCAUUGGACUGGAUGUGAAAAUGGCUGAGGAGUCCUCGUCGGCAUCGUCUUCUAACAAGGCUAAAAUGUUCCUGGCCGCCGGUGUCGGCCACCACGCCAACGGGCUGACCAAGUCGGCCGGCACCGGCACUUUCUCCAACAACAGCAAACCCGGGGCCGCUAAGAAACUAGUUAUCAAGAACUUUAAAGAAAAGCCUAAAUUGCCAGAAAACUACACUGAUGAAACUUGGCAGAAACUGAAAGAGGCUGUGGAGGCCGUUCAGAACAGCACGUCGAUCAAGUAUAAUCUGGAGGAGCUGUACCAGGCUGUCGAGAACCUCUGCUCCCAUAAGAUUUCUCCAAAGCUUUAUAAACAGCUGAGAGUCGUCUGUGAAGAUCACAUAAAGGCUCAGAUUCACCAAUUCAGAGAGGAGGCAUUGGACAGCGUGCUUUUCUUGAAGAAGAUAGACAAAUGCUGGCAAGAUCAUUGCAGACAAAUGAUCAUGAUUAGAAGUAUCUUUCUAUUUUUGGAUCGAACAUACGUAUUGCAGAAUUCAAUGCUUCCCUCCAUUUGGGACAUGGGCUUGGAGCUCUUCAGAUUCUACAUCAUCAGUGACCAGAAGGUGCAGAAGAAGACGAUCGACGGCAUCUUGCUGCUGAUUGAGCAGGAGCGCAGCGGCGAGGCUGUGGACCGCAGUCUGCUGCGCAGCCUCCUCAGCAUGCUGUCUGACCUGCAGAUCUACCAGGACUCGUUUGAGCAGCGGUUUUUGGAGGAGACAAACCGCCUCUAUGCUGCUGAGGGACAGCGCCUUAUGCAGGAGAGAGAGGUUCCGGAGUAUCUGCACCACGUAAACAAACGUUUGGAAGAGGAGGCGGACAGAGUUAUUACGUAUUUAGACCAGAGCACGCAGAAACCCCUGAUCGCAACUGUGGAAAAACAGCUCCUGGGUGAACACCUGACGACAACUCUCCAGAAAGGCCUGAACCACCUUCUAGAUGAGAACCGAAUCCAGGACCUGUCACUGCUAUAUCAGCUUUUCAGCCGAGUAAGAGGGGGCGUGCAGGUUCUGUUGCAGCACUGGAUAGAAUACAUUAAGGCCUUUGGAAGCACCAUAGUCAUCAACCCCGAGAAAGAUAAGACCAUGGUGCAGGAGCUCUUGGACUUCAAGGACAAAGUGGAUCACAUAAUAGAUGUCUGCUUCUUGAAGAAUGAGAAGUUUGUCAAUGCCAUGAAGGAGGCCUUUGAAACCUUCAUAAACAAACGACCAAAUAAACCUGCAGAGCUCAUUGCUAAAUAUGUGGAUUCAAAGCUUAGGGCUGGGAACAAAGAGGCCACGGAUGAGGAGCUGGAGAAGAUGCUGGACAAAAUCAUGAUCAUAUUCAGAUUCAUAUAUGGAAAAGACGUAUUCGAAGCCUUUUACAAGAAGGAUCUGGCCAAGCGGUUGCUGGUCGGGAAGAGUGCCUCUGUGGACGCCGAGAAGUCGAUGCUGUCCAAACUGAAGCACGAAUGUGGUGCUGCAUUCACCAGCAAACUGGAAGGCAUGUUCAAGGACAUGGAGCUGUCCAAGGACAUAAUGGUGCAGUUUAAACAGUAUAUGCAAUGUCAGAACAUCCCAGGCAACAUUGAGCUGACGGUGAACAUCCUCACUAUGGGAUACUGGCCGACCUAUGUGCCUAUGGAAGUCCAUUUACCUCCCGAGAUGGUGAAGCUGCAGGAGAUAUUCAAGACUUUUUAUCUUGGCAAGCAUAGCGGCAGAAAGCUUCAGUGGCAGUCCACACUGGGACAUUGUGUCUUGAAAGCUGAAUUUAAGGAGGGUAAAAAGGAGCUUCAGGUUUCCUUGUUCCAAACACUGGUGCUUCUCAUGUUUAACGAAGGAGAAGAGUUCAGUCUGGAGGAGAUUAAACAGGCAACAGGAAUAGAGGACAGUGAGUUGCGUCGGACCCUGCAGUCGCUGGCCUGUGGGAAAGCGCGGGUCCUCUCCAAAACACCAAAAAGCAAAGAUGUGGAGGACGGCGAUAAAUUCACCUGCAACGACGACUUCAAGCACAAACUCUUCAGGAUAAAGAUCAACCAAAUCCAGAUGAAAGAAACGGUGGAAGAACAAGCCAGCACCACUGAACGGGUCUUCCAGGACCGGCAAUACCAGAUAGAUGCGGCCAUCGUGCGGAUCAUGAAGAUGAGGAAGACUCUAAGCCACAACCUGCUGGUGUCAGAAGUGUACAACCAGCUGAAAUUUCCCGUCAAGCCUGCUGACCUAAAGAAAAGAAUAGAAUCACUCAUUGACAGGGACUACAUGGAACGUGACAAGGAGAACCCAAACCAGUACAACUACGUGGCGUAGAGGAGGGCGGAUCGAUACAGAGCACCGACUCCUUUGAGCACUUGGGCUCCUCCCCCAAGUUUCAGUGGAUGUUACUACUACCCUGUUCAACCUGGUGACCGAUAUCUGAAUGGACACGCCCCCCCCUCCCCCCGCCCCCCUCAACUGAGCAAGGCUUGGCUGGCAGAAUGUUCCAGCGGACUGCAUGCCCAAUAAAGUAUAUCACCCAUACACAGAAUCCAAGGCUGUUCUCCACCACAGCAGUAAACCAACCAGGCCCUUUUAAGGAAAGAAAAGUAUUUAUUUUGGAAACGACUUAUUUUGUCUGCUUGUUUAUUGCUUUUUCCUUUUUUUUUAAGAUGCUUUUUCUUUUUAAAUCACUUUGUGGGGAAAAAAAAAAAAGAUUCUCGUCACUUGUGAAAGAAGAGGGGAAAACUUUGAAUAAAUUGACAUUAAUCUGUUCGAUUAUUGAUGUGUCACAGUCCCCUUUCAUUGAUACUCCAUCUGGGAUGAACCCCCCCCCCCCCCCCCCCCCCCCAAAGAAAAAAAGAAUCGUGAGGUUUCAGGAAUUGUGAUUUUGUUUUUUUUCUUCAAGAUAUCUGGGUUCAUAGAACGAAAUAGUCAUUUCUUGGUACAAUUUUUAAAGUGUCAGCAUUUGUUAAAAUUUCACGCUGCUAAGGAUUCUCGCAAUCUUUGUCUUCUAUCACAGAAUAUUUAAAAUAGAGUAACAUUGGCAGUUGCAAUUUGCAACAAGAAAGUAGUUCUAGCCUUAAACCAUGUUUUUUUUUUUUGUAAUCUGAAUUACUGUUAUCGAUCAUUUCAGUACUUAUAGAUGGGCAACCCUGAAGCAGUUUGUCGUCCCUGUUCUCCAGGCCAGUGGGGCUGUACAGUCAGCAGGCUGGCAGCCUUGAUGGCUUUGCAAACCGUGCGAAGUAUGGCUUCUAUGUCUGAGAACUGAAACCUUCUCCCUUGCCUCCAAUUAAAAUGCCCCCCCCUUUUCCUUUCAUAUGUUAUGUAUCAGUUUUGCCCUUCCUCCCUUCAAUGUUAAUCUGUUCACUUUUGUUGCCCGAGUGCUAUACGUGAAAGUUCAGUUUUUGUGCUUUAUAAUAUAUAGUGUAUCAGACUUGUUUUGCAGCUGUUUUGUGUGGGGAGGGGGUAGCAGUGACACGGAUUUGUUUGUUUUUAUAAAAACUAAAACAGCUGAGCCAGUGGAAUCCAGAAUGUUAACCAUGAGAAGAGGGUUAAGCGUGAUUAACCAAUCAAAGAAAGCCAGCUUGUCUUUGACAGCAUCUACUGCGAUGUGUCCACCAGCACGCCACGUUUAAUGAGAGCGAAAUGUUACGUCUGAUGUCUAGACGUUGGUGGAUUCUAGUUUUCUACUGAUAUUAAGUGAAAACUGUGCCAAAUUUUUAUUAGGUUUUAAGUUGGUAUAUGUGUUUACAGCCAUGUCCUAACAUUGUUCUCUGGGUGGUUGGUCUGGGGAAAAAAAAACAUCAACCCAAAGGAAUCGUGUGUUUGGUAAUUAAUACAGAACAUGACCAAUGAAGCGAUGCAUUGGCAUCAAAAAGCUAAAUUUCCUGUGUAGAAAACAGGUUUUGAAGGUGAUUUUGUUUGAAUUUGAUAUUUAGCUGUGAAUUGCAUUGGUCACCAGUCAAAGUAAUGAGAGAAGUUUGAAAGCCGCCAGUUCGUCCCCUUCCACCGAUUCUCUUACCGUUGCACGUUAAGCACAAAACGCUGUGAACUUGUUUUAAGGAAUUCUUGGGUUUUAGGCCAAAUUAAUCCUUUUUAAUGUUAGAGGAUCCACUUUUCAAAAUGAGGCUUUGAACGGGCAUGUUAAGGUCUCCAAGUUAAGUAUCAUAGCUGAUAAUCUUUCAUACUUUGCAUAAAGGUUGAUAAGGGUAUGUUACAUAAUGUAAAUAGUGAACCCUUUGAGAGAGAAUGGGUGUGUACUAGUUUGUGUGUGCCAAUAAAUAUUCAAAGAAAA